AUGGGCGGCAAUAUUCUGGGCUGUUGCCUUUGUGGGUUCUUCCUUGGAGACUUUGAGGACCUUGACUCCGGAUCUUGGUGGGAGCACUAUCGUGUGGUACAUCAUAACUUUACAGAACCCGAGGUUUCAGGUGUCGGGCAAUUCGUCGACCCCGGUGCCGAAUCUUUUGUUCUCCCCGCAAACAAGGACAGCCGCUGGGAUGACCCGGGAUAUCAAUCAGCUCCAAAGGUUGAAUUCAGUGCUUUUCAUCUCUGUUGGCCGUCGAAGCGUCCUGGUUUUGUUUUUCAUGAAGCUUGCUGGUCAAUUCUUCAACAAGUCUAUCAAGACAAGCAAAUCCCUCUGGCACGCAUUCUGGAAGUUUUCCACUCCCUGCCGGUUUCGCUUACAGACAAUGUUCCAAACCGGGACCAUAACUAUGAAGGCUUAGUUACUCUUGACGAUCGAUGUUUUCCAUGGUAUGACGAGUUGAAGUACAAUAACUCUAUGUCACCGAAGCAACAGCGUCUGCACCCAAAAGCCAACCCUUACGAAGUGGUUGAUAUUGAUGAUUUUCUCAAGGACAUUCAACGAUCCCCACCUGGCUUCAAGUCGAUUUAUACUGCCACUUCUUCCCCACCGACAGGGGAUUUCUUCGUGCGACUCCCAUUCGAAAUUUACAAUGAAAUAGCGUCCUAUCUGCCAACAGCGGAUGUUUUGGGACUUCGUCUGGUAUCAAGAGCAUUUGUGCCUAUCUACUGGAGCCAGGCAUUUUGGAGAACAAGGUUUUGGCCUAAUUCUGAUCGGGGAUUUCUAUUUGAGAUCUGGCAUCAGCAUGACAUGGAGGACUGGAGGGCACUCUACCGCCGUACAAGCAAUUCCCGUCUUCCGCCCGGACUACAGAACAGGCAGAGGGUCUGGAAACUGGGUCUAGCAUUGAGGAACAUUUUAGACGCGAAGUGGAUGAAUACCUCAUCAGUAUCAUGUCUUGAGGGCCUUACACAGGCUGACUUCAACUGGAAAAGGGUUUCUGGAAAAUUUCCCGAAAAGCCCCGCCCUACCUCACUCAACAAGUAUCCAAUGUUCCACUAUGGUUGCCAGGAGUUCAAAAAAGGACAUGUAUUAAUCCCACAUGACCUUGCUCAGAUUGUUGUCUACCUGGUCCGAGAUGGCGAUGCACCUUAUAUUUCUGGGUUAAAAUUUAUUUCAGCCGGUGAACAGAAAAUAUGUUUAGGAUAUUGCACCGAUGAGUUAGUUGUUGUGGAUACACCGGCCCUAAAAGGAUUCACCGUAGCUGUCGGAUUGAAAGGAAUACGUGGAUUACAGAUUAUGGCAAUACCAGAGUCAUUGAAGAAAUGGAUUGGUUCUCAUGAUCGAUGUCCCCAAACAAAACGGCUUAUCACUGACGGACCUCUAAUAGCACUUGAGGCAGGUUUUGAUGGGUUCAAAUUGGUCAGCCUUGCAGCGGGGGAGGAGCGAGCUUUUCAUAACUCAUCCAUUGACUGCAACAAGUCUUUGCACAACCACGCGUUAUGGUACCCUAAGAUCCCUAGCCGCGACUUUUGUCUAAGUGACAUGUGUCUUACAGGGCAAAGCGUUGCUCUUGAUGAGUAUCGGCCUUUAUGUUGGGUUCGUUUUGGUGGUCUCCGUGGUGACAGGCUUCGAUCUUUACGGGAAAUCACAAUACCGAGCUGCGGGCUACCGUGGAUUCGAUUUCAUUAUGCCCAAGGCUCAAGCCCAGUUACUCUUGGCCGUGGACGUCCAGAACCUAAGCAAGUCUCUCGGUUUUCUAUCAACGGGCCAUCGGGGGAAAUAAUUGAAAACAUUGAAAUCCAAGUGACCGAAAAACAGACACUGAAAUCUUUCAAGGCAAGUGUCCUUAUGUGUCCAUAUAAAUGA